ACUGUUGGGGCGCUUGAAAAGACUUUGAUGGCAUCUCUCAAAAUCUGCAACCUGAGGACAUCCAAAGUGAAAGAUCAAAUGAAAAUAAAGAAGCCAGCUGUGGAGAAAAGACGCAGGGAUCGCAUCAACAGCAGCAUUGAAAAGCUGAAGCUACUGCUCAACAGUGAACUUAAGACCCACCAACCCAGAAGCAAGCUUGAAAAAGCCGACAUCCUUGAGAAGGCUGUGCUCUACAUAAAAGACUCCACGCGUCAGAGGACAUCGGCAUCUCCUGACACCGGACCUGGAAAGAGUUACGCAGAAGGAUACCGCAGGUGUUUGGAGGAGACUUUCUGCUUCUUCGCAGGUCACACCGAGCUGAAAGAUUCACAAGCGAUGCCGAUGAAACACUACAGUACGACGCCGCUUGGUGGUAGCACUGGGCUAAGUCAUGCCCUACCAUCGACCAGUGAAGUUUUGUACCCUUCUUCAAAAAGUUCAUCCACCAUCAAGCAGCCAAUGUGGAGACCAUGGUGCAGUGAAUGA